UUUACGUAAACUUCGUCAGAUCCAAAACAAUAAUAAUCAAAUAAAAAAAUGAAUCAAAAUUUUUGUAAAAUAAAUCACCACAGAGUUGUUAACUUUGGUGUAGCGGUUGUUAGUCACAGAAUGAAGGCUAUUAGAAAGCCAAUGACUCUACAGGAGAUUUCCGCGAGUAUUGGAAGGAAAUUUGGUGUGCCUGGCAGUGUUUUUGAAGAUGAGAUUAAAGUAUUGCUCGAAGAAUACCAGCCAUUCGGAUUUUUCAUUAAGAGAGGAGAUCUAUAUAGUCUUCCCCCAGAACUGUUGGAAAUCAUGAAGGAAAACGAUCGGGAUAAACGAAAGCGAACUAUCAAAUCACCAGCCAAACAUCUUGAGGAAUCCUAUCAAGUUUAUGGCUGUGCAUCCAAUAUUGAUCACUCCAUGUCACUUAGGCAUCCAUAUCUUUAUAGAUUCAACUAAGCCGGGCACAGGAUAUGAGUGACUCCCUAUUUUUAUUGUCAUUGAUUUUUAUCAAAACGAACUAUCAUGUAUUCAGAAUUAAAAUUGAUCAAAAAAUUGCAAU